AUGGUUUCUAACUACUACGCAGUUUUUAAAUUCAUUUUCCAUAGAAGCGAUUCUAUCUUUUAUUUAUACAAUAUGAAAUCCUUCUACACAUAUAUGCUUGUAGCAGUUAUUUUACUGCUUUCAACUUCCACAUCCGCUCACCCUCCUUCAACCUAUGAAAAUUCUUUUCCAUAUGAAAUUUCCUCAGAAACUGAUCCACAAGGGCAGAUAAUCGUUCCUGUCCCACCGGGAGGUAUCAACAAGUGGCUCCAACAGCUCAUAGCAACGAUGGGUCCAGUGUCGGAUGAGCGUAUGCGACGUGGUUGGGGUAGUGGUCGUCGUCGUCGGUCCGCCAACAAAAACCAUGAAUAA